AUGAGUCUAUCUCUGACUUUUACAGAGCUUGAGUGGUUGCUCACUGAGUUGAAGGAGUAUGUUGAGAAUGAAAAAUCAGGAGGGCUUAAGAAACGGGCUCAUCAGUUUUCUUCUGAGGCCACCUAUUAUUUCUAUCAGCUGUUGGAUUCUCUCUCGGAGAAAAUCAAUCAACUAGGCCUGGAUUGGUUUUUUCUGGAAAUAUUUUGCAGAACCAUCAACCAUAGUGAUGCAAUUAAGUUUAUCCGGAAUGAACAAUCCGUGAUCGGGAAAAUCUAUGGUGUCGAGGAUGAGAUCUCUAGAGACUUACGUUCAUGUAACAUUCGAGAUCAGAAGUUGGACCUGAAAAGGUCUCAGGAACUGCUCAUUUUGCUCGCUGACGGCAAAAGAAAGACUGAUGAGCUUAUAGACACUCACAUUCGAGUUGCUGUAAUGGGCUUGUCGACAUCACCCGCUCGUGCGGAUUUUAUUUACAAAUAUAUUUGGAAUUCUUUUCCUGAAUAUAUCAGAAGAAAUCUGUGGUCAUUCAAUGAUGCAGGCAAUGGUGUUCUAGACAAAAAGCUGGUUUUCAUCUACAGUGAGCUCAUAUCGAUCUGCAUGCACUUGGACCGUAUCAAUAGGUCUGCAUCUGCCCAAGAUGAUGAUACAUUUAGAGAUGUUACCUCUGCGAUUUUGAGAACUGUAGUUCACUCCUGUAAUCUCUGGUUCAAUAGAAAAGACCCUGAAGCUGCAAAUGUUACAGCAAAGGAAAUUGUGGGCUUGCUUCAGAAGAUAGAUCCUACAAAUCUAGAGUUCCUACGGUCGAAUCUUAGAUUCCUGGAGACUGUCUAUAAAAAUCAAAUCAACGCUGAGAGGCCUUCACGAGGUGAAUGCCACGAAGUAGUUGUCUUUUGCCGCUAUCUUCUCAAUUGGUUUCGUAGAACAGAUCGUGAAAAGGAGCUAGUAUCACUUGUUACCUUUUAUGUUGCCAGUAGACUCGAGAAUGCUGAGGAGGAUAUUCACAAUAUCUUUGAAGAGUAUGAGAUUGAAGCAGUGUUAGCAGAGGCUGCAUUUUCCUGUCGUGCAGUGCAACGUGAUCUAGUAGUAGAUGGCGAACAACAUCCUUUCCAAGAGCACAGACAAAAGCUUGCUGCAGAAAAAGAACGAAGUCUUGCUGCUGCAUUGCCACCUUGUUCCGAUUCGGUAGCAAAUAUUUGUUUUCUGAAAACAAAGAUUUUCCUCAAACAGCAGCUCAACAAUCGCAAUGCCUCGAUGCUUUUUAGUGAUAACCAGCUAUUCAAAGUAGAUAUGAUCCUCAACGACCUCAGAGCAUUCAACAGACUUGUAUGUCAGCAAGGGAACACGGAAUUCGUGAAGCAGAGUUUAAUACUUGCUGAGGAAUUGGCAAAUGAGAUAGAAUCCCUUCACAAAUCAUAUAAUUCCAGCAGGGUACUUAGUCCUUUGAUAAAUCACUCACUUUUGCAAUUGCUUUUCAGGAUUGUCUUUUUCAAGGCCGAGUCAUUUUUAACCGAGUUAUUGAAGAGCAGUGACACUUCCACAGCACUUAAGACAGAUCAGGUUCAGUGCCUUGUAGACGAUCUUGCACAUUUCAAAAGGAUUGUGAAAAUUAAGCUGCCAUGGAAUUCACCAGUCGAAGAAACAGUCAUCAUACAACUUGAAGUGUUUGCCAGGAGGAUAACACUUCUCUCUUACUCGUAUCUCCCUAACAACAUGAAGUUGGCGAAAAUGGCCUGUUUGUUGCCUCAGUUGUUGGAUGAGGCAAAUGUUAUCAAGGUUAAGCUCGGCGAAAUAAGUCAGCAAUUUCCUAAGUCCACAUUUCCAAAGAUAUAUGGACUUGGGUUCCUUGAUUUCCUAUGCAGAAACUUACGGGAGCUUCUGUUACGUGAUCCUGUAUCAAUUAAACCAGUGAAACAUCAUUUUGAGGAAGCGAUGUUGCAUUUAGAGUCUUUGAAAUCUGUCCUCAAGAAAAUAAAGGUUCUGGAUGUCGAGUUGGAAGAGUUAAAGGACAUCAAGAAACACAUCAUAGAUGCAGCAUAUAAAUUGGAAUAUGUGGUUGAGUCAAUAGAGGUUGAUGGUCAGUUGCAGCAAUCACUAUGGUUAUACGAUGUACGGGAGGAAAUCAGACUACUUUAUCAGCAGGUUCGGAAAAUCCCUGAGAUGUCAUAUGCUGGCAAAAUUGAAAACGUCCCAAAAAUUCCAUCCCGGAUGGGUUCACAAGUUACAGCACCAGAAGUCAAUGAGAUGCUGGUUGUUCUUUUCGAUGAAGAAAUAUAG